UCAUAGAAGAAGCCGUGUCGUCUGCCGAAAACUCACGCAAAGAAGAAGCGGCACGUUGUUAACGUGAUAGUGUAGUAGCAGAGAAUUUGUGACUACGUUUUAGACCGUAGCUCUGGCCACAACAAUAUAGCUGAAAUUGAUUGAUUAUACGAUGGAAAGCGACACCGAGAUGGAGGACUUCGAUAGCAGCGAGGAGGGAAGCAAUUGGUCUGAUGAUAGUUACCUUGCAGACGAAGACUUCAGCUUCGACUAUCAGGAGGGGGUGGAUCCACACGAGGACGCAUAAGAUCUAAACCAGGCCAGAACUUGUCCGUGUAGACCAAUUUGGGUUUCCAAUCUCUCCAAAAGAAUGUGGUGAUCGAUGGUAUCAAAAGCAGCACUAAGGUCCAGGAGCACGAGGACAGAUGCAGAGCCUCGGUCUGACGCCAUUAAAAGUCUUGAUUGGGAAGAGGACUCAAAUGAAUCAGCAGGCGACACACCACCCAGAGUCACACCAAGGAAAGAAAGCCAAUCUGAGAGCGGGGUAAAGUGUUCUGAUUCUCCAGAAGAACCAUGGUUACCAUGCAAAGGUUCACAGUCAACAAGGACAUCAAGUGUUAAAACUGAUGAAGAUGAAGCCCCACUGCUGAGCACCUUGCAGCCAGACCAGCAGCGUAGCCCGUCAGUGAAUUUGUCAACAAAGACCUAUUCUCCACGUAAAAGAGUGCCGGCCUCACCCUCAUUAAAGUCCAAAGUACCACGUCUCUCAACCCCAAGAAAAACCUCUCACUUACCACACAGAACAACCGAGUCAGAUCAGCCAUGGAAAACGGAAAAACACCCUGAUGAGGGUCCUCAACCUUUGAGAUUUUGUCCAAGCAGACCUCCUGGACCUCAAGUAGAUCCCUCAGCCAUGUACUCACCGUUAGACUUAUUUCAAAUGUUUUUUACAAAAGUCACGGUCAGAACCCUCUGCGACAAUACAAAUAGACAAGCGGCUAGAAACAUUGGUAGGGGCAAAAAGUUUAAGUGGAUAGAUAUAACUGUGAAGGAGUUUUACAAAUUCAUUGGAUUGGUCUUCUUUACUGCUCUGGUUAAGACAAAAGCUAUCAGUGAUUACUGGAUAACAAACUCAAUUUUCUCGAUUCCGUUUCCAGCUACUGUGAUGAACAGGGAUAGAUACAGAAUCAUAUCAUGGAACAUUCACAUGAGUGAUCCUGAUGAGGACGCUGUCAAUGACAGUAAAAAGGGCACACCUGAAUAUGAUAGGCUAUUUCGGCUCAAACCACUAAUGAAUGACAUUCGUCAUGCCUGCAUGUCCUGUUUCCACCCACAUAGAAACCUGGCUGUAGAUGAAAGGAUGGUGGCAUCAAAAGCAAGAAAUGGGUUGAUUGAAUAUAUCAAGUCAAAGCCCACUAAAUUUGGCUUUAAGAUUUUUGUGUUAGCGGACUCCAGCAAUGGCUAUACAGUGGACUAUGCUGUGUAUAUCGGCAAGAACACGUUUCCCGUUGGCUUUGGAAUUUGUCACGAUUCAGUGAUGUCCCUCGUAAGGCCCUCUGUUCUUGGCGCAGGUUACCAUGUGUACCUUGACAACUACUUCUCCAGCCCAAAAUUAUUCAAGGACUUAUUUGAUAUGAAAAUGGGAGCGUGUGGUACCAUGAGGGAAGGCAGAUUGGGCUUCCCAAGAUCAGAAGAAAAUGCGCUGACCAAGAAAUCCCCAAGAGGAUCUUUACGGUGGAUAAGGGAGGGCUCCCUGCUCUUUGUGAAGUGGAAGGAUGCCCGGGAAGUGUCGAUGGGUACCACCAUUCAUCAAGCGUAUGGAGGGGAGACAAUAAAAAGGAAACGCAAGAAUAAGGAUGGCAAAUGGUCUCAUGAGUCAAUUCCAGUACCCACCCCAAUUCUAGAAUACAAUAAAAACAUGGGAGGUGUUGACUUAUCUGACCAACUGAUUACUUACUUCUCAGCCCACCGCAAAACAAUGAAGUGGUACCGAACAUUGUUCUACCAUUUUGUGGACAUAGCAACUACUAACAGCUACAUCAUUCACAAGGAUCUGUGUAAAGUGAACAAGAUGCAGCCCAUGACCCACAAAGAAUUCACACAAGCGCUCGUGGCCCAGCUCUGCGAGGUGUCCAUUGAGACUCAGUCCAAGCCGACGAACACUGGACAUACACCUGUCCCGAUCAAGCCUGUGGCAGACAAAAGCAAGAGAAGCUCUGCAGGACGAAAGCGCUGCGAACUCUGCAAGAAAUCGGGACACUCCAAAGACACUCCCUGGAAGUGCAAUGAGUGUGGCGUACCACUCUGUGUCAUUCCAGACAGAAAUUGCUUUCAUGAUUGGCACAACCUUGAGGGAAUGGCCCCAGUUGAGUAUCAGUCUUCUGACUCUUGAGUAAAGCUGUAAGACUUGUGCAGCUAUAUCCUAUCCAUCACAGAUGAGGAGUGCUGUUAGACCUGUGCCUUAUUGCAAAUGUUUGUGCAUUUGAACAAAAUGCUGCUCAUUUUCUAUUUUGACUUUUGAUAGGAGUAAAACUUUUGUGUUGUUUUUCCAAGAUAAUGGAUAUCAGGCCAUAAAUUUGUCAAUAGGGAAAAGGUUAAAUAUAUGGUUUUUGGGAUGUACUAUUUGUAAAUAACUUGUGUUAUUAACUUGUGCUUCAGCAAUAUUGUGUUCUGGUAUUCUAUUGUGUCAUUGCCUUCCGUUUAAUUAUCUUUAUCAGAUUACAUGGCCUGACUUUUUCCACUCUUAUGUAAUAGCUCAAUUUGAGUCAAGUGAAGGUGUUUUAAAAUGUACUGUACUGGUCAAUGAUGUGGAGUUUAAACAUAUUGCAACCCUAUGGCUCAUGAUGUGGUGAGGCUACAAUGACUAACAAUGUAUUUUCAGAUGUGAAAGAAUCAACCUCAAAAUAACCCAGCUUUUCUCCCUCUGUUUUACUGUCAUAUUUUUUUUUAAAUGUACUUCAUGCAAGAGGAGUUAUUACAAGAAACUUCUACGAUGAACCAACCUUGUAUAUUAUUUGUUGAGUUUCCCUUUUCUACUGUGUAGUAAUGGUUAUUUUGUUUUACCAAAAGGUUCUACUCCAAAAUACCACUCUAUCCACGUGCACGCUUGCACGUAGAUCAACGGAGUGAAGCUUGUAGUAAGCCUUUGGGAAUCCCCGGUGUCUGAUGCACGCCGUUUGGUGCUACGCAAGACCCGGUGGCGAUCGUGAGUCAGAGGAGACCCUGUCUGUCCUUUUCAGUUUUGACGCAGAACGUUUGUCUGAUGAAGUCAUGCUAGGAGGGAGAUUCUGAGGUGUGAGAAGUGUGCAGGAGGGUAUGGGUACAGCCAUCACUGGUACAGAGUGACCGGAACAGUUUGUGUUUUAGUAAGGUUGGCUUCUUGGUGUUUAUUGCUAUGGUCAUUAAUUGUACCACACAGAUGGAAAGGAAAUCCCAGAAGAUUGAAUUGGUAGCAGGAGCAGCAGUAGAGAAGUUUUUGGGUAUCAGAGAUUUUAGUGCAGAAGAGCUAGAGGUGGUUUUGAGAGAAGGGUGUAGGAUCUGUUGGGGCCAAAGUAGUGGGAAGGGGUGGUGAGGUGUGUUGGGGAUAGUGGUAUUGUGUGUGCAUAAGUGCUGUUAGAUGGUGGUACAAUCCCCCCCCCCCCCCCCAUUUUUCUUGUAUGUAAUAUUUUACAAAUGUGCAAUGCACUUUCCAAACUGAAAGGCAGCAAUAUGCCACAACGCGUCUAGUCUGCAGGAAAGCCACACGAAGAAAACAGAAAUAGGAACAAAGAAAUCAAGAUGACCGUUCUCCUAGCAGCAGGAUAUUAUGCUGGCAGCACAAGUGCGGUUUUCUUUUUUCCAAAAUAAGAGUCCCCUGAAAAGACAUGUUAUACUUGGGGAAUAUCGAUUUAUUUAUGUUUUUGCACUCCAGUGCAGUAGAACGUUUUUCCCAAAACAUUGCUACCACCUUCGGAAAAAAUAAGUUGAUAAUUUGUUGAAUUCAUACCAUUUCUUUAAAAAGUUAACACAAACACUGACUGGUAUGUCGUGUAGGCUAUAUUUAAAGAAAUACACUUUUGAUAAAACACAUGUUAUUGGAAUUACUCAAUAGAUACUGCAAAAUGUUAUUGGUCUCUGUAUUAAAUGGGUUUAAUAAA